GAGUGUGUUUACGUCACACGGACAGGGCAUGAUGGCGGUUGAUUUGACUCCUCGGUUCAGAAGGCUGAAUAGCCAAACAAGAAGUUUUCGUCAUAAUAUACAACACGGUUUCUCAGGGCCCUUUGGUGCCACUCAGCUAUGGCACAACAUCAUCCAGGCGCUGCAAACCCAGGUGGAGGUGCGCCGCUGUAGGAGGCAUCUACGCGUUCAUGCCGAAUGUUUCACAGGCUCAGAUGCUGUGGAUGCUGUCCUCAGUUAUUUGAUGCAGAAUGUGGUGUUUUGCACAAGUGAAGUGUCUCGCCUCAAAGCUGCUCGACUCUGCCAGGCUCUGAUGGAGGCCAAGGUGUUUGAACCAGUGGGCACAAAGCUGUUUCGCAGAGACAAGGAAGUGGUCUUUGAGGACAGCAGCUGUAGCCUUUAUCGUUUUCUGGAAUAUAAAGCGUUGGCCGGCUCUUCCAUGAAGGAGUGGCACAGUACUGACACAGAAAACAUGUCAUCAGAGGAGGUGGAGAUUAAGAGGAAGAAGAGCUCCAGGCUGAAUGAACUGAGAACAAUCUCCAAUCCUCUUGCUGUCGGACCAUCAGAUAGGAGGGUUGAGAGGCUGCUGAGGACCAUCAACCUGCGGCCCUCCAUGUCCCCAGCUUUAAACAUGGCCCCAACUUCCUCUGCAUUUCUGUCCAAGGCUGUGGUGGAUGAGGUUUGGAAGCAGCAGACACUGCUACAGCUGCUGCAGAUAGUGGAGUUGCCCAUGCUGGACUGCAUCCUCACCUCUCCUGCCAGGGUUCAGACUCAGGCCUGCAGAGCUCCUCUGUCCACCCAGGACCUGGUUAUCUCCAACACAUGCCUGGAGAGAGAGCUGCCUGACUCCCUCAACUUGCCUCAGUUGGAUGCGUGGCUGUCGGCAGCAGCAGACUGCUUGGAGCUCUUCCCUGACCAGCUGAUUGUGGUGGCAGGGGAACAGCUCAGCCAAAAAGGCAGUAAUACCUCUGUAGAGGAUGGCAAUGCAGAGCAGAUGGCAAGCCAAAAGAGACUGCUCUUCGACACUAUUUCCAAGUACUACAGUGGACAGGAAAAAGCUUCUCUUCUCUCAGGACGCUACCUUGAUAUACAUGCUGCAAUUCUGAAUCUACUGGAUGGGGGGAAGGUGCAGGAUGCCAUCAGAGCAUCUCAGUUGUGUUUGCGGCUACUGGAGACAAGUGUGAGAGAUGAACUGCGGAGACUACUGGCCUUCAUGGCAACAGCGGCUCACCCAGAUGCCAGCCGUUUGCAAAAACAGAUUGAUAACAGGGCCCUGGUCUGCCGCACUUUUCAGAGAGCAAUUGUCCAGAAUCAUGAGCUGACUCGAUCCCAGUGUGAAACCCUGGUGCUGUUUCUCAUGGACAAUCACACUGAGCUCUUCAAGACUCCUACGUCCCUUAUUGAAGCUGUGAGGAAAACACUGAGGACUAUGCAGCAGGGAAAAGACCCUGAUUCAAUUGCCACGUUCACCUUCUGCCAGCAGGUGACACCACAGGAGUACGAGGACCAGCGUGAGGCUACCACCCUGGAGAGUCUCAAACAGCUCCUUCAUGACAUUUCCUCCAGCAAGAGCAUGCCUGUCAAGGAGAGGAGGAGGCUGCUCAAAGAGUUUGAAAAACAUCACCCUGUGGUUUUCCUCCAGCAUUUCUCCAGCACCUUCUGAAAAACACAGCUGGAGGGUAUUAGUUUGACUUCCAAGGUGCACUUCACAAAGCCAGUCUGCAAUGGUACAGCCCUUACACAAAGAAUGAUACUAAUUUAUGCACGCUAACCUUAUAAUUCUGAAGGCUUUAAAAAACUGGCAUAGAGCCACACCUCUAAUCUCACCUAAUGUCUCAUAUGUAUAGAUGGACUGACAUCUUAGGUGACUGUCAGUGCAGCUGCACCUGUAAUAUGUAUAGAUGGUGUUCCUGCAGCUUUAUUUAAUGGGUGUAGCUUCUUCAAAUUCCUUUAAAUCACAUGGGGCUACAAUAUUUGAGGUUUUAUUUGUAGUUAUGCUGUUAUGUCUUUAUUUUUUUUUAAUGUCCUAUAUCACUGGGUGCAUUAUCUCACUGAUGGAGCGUUUUUUGUGAUAUACCUCUAUUUGCUGAAGGUGUGGGCUUAACUGUAGUUGUGACUGGUUUUGCACUAGUUUAGAAACAAUGAAUUAUCAUUGUACCUGAAAUACCAAGUGUCUAAAUGGGGGCAGUCUAUGAGAAAUGAAUAGUGUUCAAAGAGGGAAAUGAAUAAUGUUCAAAUAAGGAAUUUAUCAUUUGCACCAUGUAUUGCUCUGAAAUUGCCAUGAAAUACAAGUAAGUUAUAACAUGCUAAGAAGGGAUCACUGGAAUAAAAUACGUUUUAGUUUCAGUUGCCAUUUAGCCAGCAGGCUGUAAUCAAUAUACAGAUAAUGUACUAACUGAUUGACUUGCUGCAGGUGUGGGUAAUGUAUUUAGAUAAAGCUAAAGUAUUAUCCUUAUGAGCUAUUUAAGUUAGGUUCGUUGGGGCUUUCAACAGUUAGUUGUUAGAAGUAAUGCUGUGCACUUUGAUCAGGCAUUAAUAUUUCUACAUAUUAAGUGAAAAGUAACGGUAUUAUAGCAGCCAUUUUGUUUUUUGUUUUCAGUUUUACUGUAGCAUGCAAUUGUGUGGUUGAGGAAAAAUACUUGUAAUAAUGACACUAAUGUAGUUGAAUGAAGUUUAACACAGCAUGUAACUUGUUUUUGUUAGAGAUGAAGCACAAAGGUUUUUCAUCUGUAAAAAUCUUAACAUGGAAUUUAAUAUGAAAUGAAAGAAAGGGUACAAUAGUGUGUUAGGCUAACCAUAGCUCAGGUUAAUAUAUUUUAUUUUAACUGUAUGGGUAUUAAAUGCUUUUAGAGCCAGUGACUUGAUCAAAUAUUCUUUAGUUGUAACUUUUUAGCAUUUUACUUGAAUGAGGCAUAAUAAAAGGCUACUAAUUUAAUCAUUGGUUAAGCACAGUGCCUGGAUUUUAGAUGUUGGAUUUUAUUCUUUUAACUGAUGAAGCCAUGGUCAUACAGAAGUAAUUUAUGGUCUAAUUUUACAUCAGUCAGCAUCUUUGUUCUUCACACUGAAAUCGAGUUAGAAUGCACUUUAUGCUGCAGAAACAUGCUUUACUUUCUGUUCAAAUAACAUAUCUAAUAAAAGUUUAAUUGAG